GGGAAUGUAGAUGAUAUCGCAUACAUCCGUAAUAAACUAAGCUUUUUUGUUAAAAGAAAAUCGAUACAUAUACCGUGCUUAUAAUCAUAACAGUCCAAUUAUUGUUUCCUUCAAACAAAUAUUGAGCUUUGAUUUGUUUUAUAGGUCUCGGAAUGUAACCUCCCUUUUAGGCAUACCUAAGUUAUUGAAAAAUAUAACGGAAGCAUGCACAGACUUUAACAGUUCUGUUGUAUGUCUACUAUGGUUUGUCCUGGUUUGCUCUCAACGUUAAAAGUGGUUGGAAUUAUUCUCCGUUCGAUUUCCUUCUGUAUCGUAUGUUGAGACCCUGAAAUGUCACAAGUCUGAAAACACAAGGAUAAUUUCGUAGUUAAAAAAAGAAGCUUUCUGACAAAUAAAACGCUUUGAGUGUACCUCAUCUAUCCCACUCUCCACACUCUGUCAGAGGAAUGAGUUUGUACUUUGGCGUCUUCUCCAUUAUUCGUCUGAUAUUAACCGUACAUUUACCACCCGUCAUGGCUCGGUCUUUUUCAGCCAGACCGGACUGUGACGAUAAAAUCUCAAGCAUAGAACUUUUAGCGGAACAUCAAGUUCCUUCGCUCUGUUCAUGCUCGGCUUUGUGUCAUGUUGAAUGCGGAUGCUUCGGAUUUAAUCCACAAGUGAGCAAGUGUCGGAUUCACUGGUCGUGUGACGUAGCUAAUAUGACAUCAUCUGAAGAUGGCUGGAGAUAUUACAAAAUUGACCCUCCUCAAGACUGCAAGGGUGUUUUGGAAUCCGGAAAGAAUUCGUCAGGCGUUUACGUCAUUGAUCCUUUUGGAGGUCGACAACGUCUGGUUACUGUUUAUUGUGAUAUGGAAACGGACGGUGGAGGCUGGACGGCCAUUCAACGACGCCAAGGCGGCAGCGUGAACUUUAACAAAACAUGGACGGACUACAAGAACGGAUUUGGCGUACCUGAGAGCUCCUACUGGAUUGGAAACGAUGUAAUCCACAAAUUGACAAAUCGACUGUUGAAUUCGCUGUAUGUUUAUUUCCGAUUCAACAACAAUAGCAUAUUUCACCAGAAAUACGCCGAAUUUUCUGUCGGUGCCGAAUCUACAAACUACCAGCUCCACCUGGCGGGACCGACUACUGGAAGUUUAGGCGACCGUAUGAUUAACACAGGUUCUUCUAACACAGAGCUGAAUGGUAUGUUGUUCAGUACUUUGGAUCGAGACAAUGACCGGUACAGUGGUCACUGCGCCACUAAGUACAGUGGGGGGUGGUGGUUCAACAACUGCCAUGACGCCUAUCUUAACGGACCAUGGGCCCCUGAGAACUGGCACGACCCAUGGUACCCAAUCAUAGCAGAUGGCACCAACAUAGUGGAAAAAUACGAAGGAUUUUUCAUUGGUGACGAAUUUACUAGCUACCAGCUCAAUUUGGCUGGGUCAAACACCGGAAACCUAGGAGACAGUAUGAUCAACGCGGGGUACUCUGGCGCCAAUCUGAACGGUAUGCCAUUCAGUACUGUAGACCGAGACAACGAUCAGUGGAAAGGUGGUCACUGUGCCGCUGAUUAUAAAGGAGGAUGGUGGUUCAACAACUGUCAUGACGCCUUCCUUAACGGACCGUGGCCCCCGGAGUAUUGGCACGACCCUUGGGAACCGACCAUAUCAAGUGUCAGCAACAUUGCGGAAGUCAGAAUGAUGAUUAAACCCACAUAGAUGCAUGUUGAAUUCAUGUGCUGUAAAACUGAAUUUUAUUUACGUACGAGAUAUAUUUUCGCGAGAUUUGCCAGAGCCUCGUCGGCGAGAAAUAAGAUAUAAAAUGAUGGCGAAAAAAAGUUGUUUUACCGUAUAUCAUAGACUGUACGUGAUAGCAAUUUUAGUUUUAGUUUUAGUCCUAAGAUUGAUAUUAAAUGAAAUUAUCUGGAUGAAGCUACCUACCUUGUCUUUGUUGCUCCCGGAGGCAAAUAAAGUAAGGACAAGGGAUUUUCAUUCUUCUUUGUUCUUGGAUAUAUUUUCCGUUUCUCCCCACGUAAAGUUUAUGUCAACUUCUUUUUUGGACAGUUCGCCUCCAUUUUGUUCUUUGUUGGCCUCUCAUUUUCUUUCUAGUGUCCAUCUUAGCGCCAUUCUUGUGAUGUCGUUUGUUGCCUUUUUUAAUACACGACCUAUCAAUCUCCAUAUAUAUUUUUUAAGUACUGUCCUAACAUCUGUUGUUUUGUUAUUUUGUGUAGACUUUUGUUGGAAACUUUUGCUCGCCAAAAUAUCAAGGUCUUUCUGAGGCAGCCAUUAUAGAAAUUUGAUAGUGUGCUUAUGUUCAUGUUGUCACCAUCCAGCAAUCAGCACAAUACAUAAGGACAGAUAGUAAACAGCUUUUAUAUAUCUUUACCAUAGUGUGUCUGCUUACUGUAAAUUCCUAAUUAAACGCGAGGAAUUAAUAUCCGCGUAAAAUCGCGAGAAGCAUCCUUCGCGGAUUUUAAAAUCUCGCCAUUAUUUUCUGAGAGUUGAAAACUAUAAGAAAUAAGGAGAAAAGUUCAACGUUCGCGAUUUUAUAUUCUCGCGAUUUGGUAGAAACCAGCGGGAUCGCGGAAUUAAGUACUCGCGUAAUAUAAGGAAUUUACAGUAUGUUAUUCUUCUAUACUAUUACGUAUGCGUAUUUACUAUAAAAAAAGCACAUGCAGAGCUCGUGACAAGCCAAAAAACCUUAUAGACUGACUAGUUAUGAAAUGUUUUGGACGAUGCAUACACAUUAUAAACCAUAACACAUUUCUUACUUUAUAUUUUAUUUCAAGUGAUUCUGACAUCUGCGUGCUGUCCUGCAUACGGCCAUGAACAACCUCAUAAUUACAAACAAAGAGUCUAGAAAAAAAACAAAAUAGUUAUCAGUGCUUAACAACUUUGUUUGAAUCAAUACUGUUUUUGCUGAACCUGUAAUGUAAGCAGUGCAUACCAAUUAGAGAAUUAUCGCAUGCACAGAAAAAAACGUUAUGUAUUUUUUUUUUAACCGUGCAAGCACGUUUUGUCUUGUUUGAAUGAUGGUGGCGAUAACACAUUUAUUGGUAAAUGAAAAUUACACUAGAGACGUUUCAUAGACAGCAACUAGAAUAUUAAGUUAAUUGAUUUUGAAGCUGACGCCACAUGAACUGAGGCUUCUACCCUUUUGUAUUAAUAUCUAAUAUUUAUCUGGACGUCAUUAUUUCACAUGGGAUAAGUUAUUCCUGAUGUUGCGACAUUAUUUUUUGCUGAAAGUCUACAGUAUGACUUGUUUCUCUUAACUUUGUCAUGUAUUUUAUCUUUGCCGAACACAGACAGAAGUGCGUGAGUUAUAUAUAUUGUACUUUAGACAAUCAUAGU